AUGAAACAGAGAAUGAAGAAGAUGAAGGAAGUUGAUUCUCGAACAAGUCAAGUUGUAAUAAAGGAAACCAGAGAGGAGGAUACUCAGAAUAAUCAAGUUGAUGUAGAUGUUACCAAGACUAUUACAGAGGAUACCAUAGAUGAAGCUGAGGGAAAUAAAGACAAGAAUCCUGAGACUGAUCUAGAAAUUCAAAUUUCUAAAUUAGAAAGUAGAAGCAUGAAUUCAACAAUAAUGACUUCAAUCAGUUUUGUUAUUUCUCUUUCUUUUAUCUUUCUAUUGCCAUUUCUAGCUACCCCGACCUAUGGGGCGCAUUUGUCUCCAAAGUUUUACGCAAAAACAUGUCCCAAUGCUCUUAACACGAUCAGAACGAGUAUUCAUCAAGCAAUUUCACGUGAACGUCGCAUGGCAGCAUCUCUCGUUCGUCUUCAUUUUCAUGAUUGUUUUGUUCAGGGUUGUGAUGCAUCAAUCUUGCUUGAUGAACAAGCAACCUCUACCAGCGAAAGAAAUGCAUUUCAAAACAAAGAUUCUGCUAGAGGAUAUGAAGUUAUUGAUGCUGCAAAGGCCAAGGUUGAGAAGAUAUGCCCCGGAAUUGUUUCAUGUGCUGACAUUCUUGCCGUAGCAGCACGAGAUGCUACUGUUGCUGUGGGUGGCCCUUCAUGGACGGUGAAACUAGGAAGAAGAGAUUCCACUACAGCAAGUCGUAUACUAGCCGAAAGAGAUUUGCCACUUUUCACUAGUAGUCUCAAGGAACAUAUUUCUAAUUUUGACAAAAAGGGACUCAAUGCUAGAGAUUUGGUGGCAUUAUCAGGUUCACAUACAAUUGGUCAAGCACAAUGUUUUACAUUCCGUGACAGAAUAUAUAAUAGUAGCCAAAUAGACAUAGACUUUGCUCGAAAGCGCCAACAGAAAUGCCCUCGUAGCGGGAACAACGGUGAAACAAACCUAGCCCCUCUUGAUUUAGUUACACCUAAUUCUUUUGACAAUGCCUACUUUAAGAAUUUGGUUCAAAAGAAAGGUCUUCUUCAAUCAGACCAAGUACUCUUUAGUGGAGGAUCAACUGACAAAAUUGUUCUUAAAUACAUCAAGAAUCCUUCGAAAUUCAAAGCAGAUUUCGCAAAGGCCAUGAUAAAAAUGGGAAACAUUAGUCCUCUCAUGGCUCCGAAGGGUGUCAUUAGAAGGAUUUGUAAUACACUAAACUAGAUACUCAU